GUGGGAUGCUGCAGCUUCAGUAACGCGUCCCCUUGGAGACUAGAGCAGGAGCAACACGUGAUUCUCCGCCUUACUGAUCCGCUUUAGAGAGAGAGAGAGAGAGAGAGAGAGAGACGCGGUGGGAGGACAGCGAAAUGAGCGUUUUCCUCUCUCCUCCCUAAAGCAUCUCGGCGUGGGGGGAAUCUGGGAGAGUGGGCAACUCAAACACAAAGUUGACGAACUUUGCACAUCUUUUACAAACGCCAUUUUGAUUCCUCUCCGGAACAACUUUUGCAGCUUCUUUCUAUCUUUUUUUUUCUUUCUCUCUCUCCUCACCAUCAUCAUCAUCAUCAUCAUCAUGUCUCGGCGAAAGCAACCCAACCCUAACAAAGUCAAGCUUAUGGAAAAUUCAACGGAGGAGACAAGAACAGAAUCUGCAGAUUGCACCCUCACUAGAGAGGAGGCGGAGCAAAGCGAUGAGCGCCAGAGCCCCGCCCCCACAGGAACACAAACAAUACACACAGAGGGUUCUGCCGGUGUAGAGGAGGAAGCAAACGAAUGGGAGAAUGGACAGAAUGGAGUAGACGGAGAGAUGGAGGAAGUCGAUGGGGUGGACUUGUCUUCCAUUAACUCCAUGAUGAGCACUGUGAUGAAAGCGGCUCAGCUUAACGGCGGCGUAGACUCCGCCCACACCACGCCCAGUAAGGCGUCCGGCAAAAGCCCCAGCACCAACCGCAGUGGAAGAAAGACCCAGGAAGCCAAAGAUGACAGCGGGUGUAUCGUCUGUCCACUGUGCGAUAAGAGCUUUCAGACCCAACACCAGUUCACCAUGCACAUCCGCCAGCACAACACCAAUAGCGGGACUUCGGACCACUCUUGCAGUAUCUGCGGGAAGGCUCUGAGCUCGGCGAGCUCUCUGGAUCGUCACAUGCUAGUGCACAGUGGAGAGAGACCCUACACAUGCUCGGUGUGCCAUCAGACUUUCACAACCAAUGGCAACAUGCACAGACACAUGAAGAUCCACGACAAGGACUCUGUCAGCUCCAUCCCCAACAGUCCGACUCUGUCUCCACUUAAGCGACGACGUCCCUCUGCAGCCAAACGCAAACUAAGCCACGAUGAAGACAGUGAGAAGAUAGAGGAGACAGCCAGCAAAAAGGUCAAGGAGGAUAGCGUGGUAGAUGAGCAGAGUUUGAACAAAGGACAGGAAGAAGUCUUGACCUGUCCUAUCUGCUUCAAGACCCUCACCUGCAGAAACGACUUUGAUGCCCACGUGGAGACCCAUCCUGACACUACACAGAGAUGUGAUUUAUGCUGCAUCUCGUUCCGGACUCACCGAAGUUUGCUCCGCCACAAUGCAGCUACCCAUAAGCAGCUACCCACAGACCCCAACGGACGACCCUUUAUUCAGAACAACCCAUCCAUCCCUCUUGGCUUUAAUGAUCUGGCUUUCAUUGACUUUUCAUGCCAGAAGUUCCCUCAAAUUGCACAGAUUUGGUGUGAAACCAACCUUCGGCGAUGUACUGGCAAAUUCCAUCGUUUUGUAUGUGACACAUGCAAUAAAGCAUUCCCUCUUAGCUCAGCUCUGGACUUGCACAAAACCUCACAUGAGACUUCCAGUGGUACCCAAGAUACAACUUCACCCUUAAUUAUGAAAGAUGAGCUUCCCACUCCUGAGAAAAGCAGCUUCAUGGACUCUCUGGGCUUGCAGCACAUCUCUCAGAUUAAGCCUGCCCCCUCAGAAGAGGAUGUCCAGCAGGCCAAGCUAGAUAGCAUUCGGGUUAUCCACGUGGACCAGAAUCAGUCCACUGUACCUCAGGAGGCUGGCCUUGUUGGAGGGGUUAACCUGUCUCUUGUAGACCCAACGACUCUUCAUGGUCUGUCCAAUCAAGAGGCUCUCAAUCUGCUGUCCCUUCAGCCCUUCCAGACUGGUUUUCUGGUGCAACCAGAUGGUGGUAUGGUAGUGAAGCCUGUUUGUGGUGAAACCAGCACAGAACUCGCUGAUAUACAGCAAAUAAUCAAAGUAGCUUCUGCUGCUUCUAACCAGAUCACUCUCCCACCCUUAUCCAAGGCGCCUUGUAGUGCCAUGCAGUCAGGCUACAAGCAGAUGCCUCCACUCAAGCCAAAGCCAUUGGUGGCUCCCAGAACCAGUAUGGUAGCUUCAACUCCACCACCCCUAUUAAACACCCAGCAAGCUUCUUUGGGCUGUAUCAGCCCUAGCCUCCCACCCCCUGUCAGCCAUCCUCUCAAGACAGUUCAGGACCUCUCCUCAUCUUCCUCAUCCUCUUCUGCCAACAACCAGGCUUCUGCAGAGAGGAUACAAAUGGAAGCUGAGUGCAUGGGAGAUGCCCAUACCCCAAUGGACAUGGAUGAAAGACAUAUCAAACAGGAGAAUGGCAAGUUAGAAGAGACCACUGGAAAGGGAACUUCUCAAAAAGGUUUGUACCCUUGCCGAUUUUGUGACCAGGUGUUUGCAUUUUCUGGUGUGCUGCAGGCACAUAUGCGAUAUCAUUUGGGCACCCUACCCCACCAAUGCAAUAUCUGUGACUAUUUUGCCCCAGACAAGGCAACGCUGAUCCGUCAUUUGAGAACGCACAGUGGUGAGCGUCCCUAUGUCUGCCGGCUCUGUCAUUACCCAUUUACUGUCAAGGCUAACUGUGAGCGCCACCUUCGCAAAAAGCACAUGAAAAACAAUCGCAAGGAGAUUGAGAAAAACAUUAAGUAUGUUACUUCGUCCACAUCCACAGCAGACGUACUGGAGCAGGCUGGAACUAGUGAAACUACCUGCCGCUUCUGUGGGGAGAAACUAAAGACCUUUCGGGCUCUGCAGAUUCACUUGCGCACACACAAUGGCUGCCGGCGAAAGCCAUUUGAGUGCAAGCGUUGUGGAGCAGCCUUCCUUGCCAAGCGUAACUGUAUCCAUCACCUUCUGAAACAACAUCCAGAGGUCCAAGAGCAGGAUAUUGAAGAACACAUAAUCACUCUUUUAGCUGCAUCAACCCCAAAUAGCCCAAACCCAUCUCCUCUCAAUGACGGUUCUCCUAGCUCUGUAGUGCAGCCUAUCAAAGUUGAGGACCUUAGCUUUUACAGCGUAGAUAUGGAUCAACCUCUGGACUUCUCUAACAAAAGUCAUGGGGGCAGCAGUGCUGGAAGUGUGACUGGAUCUCCUGGGAUCAAAAUUGAACCUGUCUCUUAUGACUCCAACAUGGAACCCAUUGACCUCUCUAUUCCUAAGAAUCCUGUAAAGAAGCUUAAACAAGAAUUUGUGGCUGCAUUGCCAAGAGAGGUCAAGAAAGAACAGUCAUCCAUUAGCAUACUUGCUCAGGCUCUUCAGGCCGAGAAGUCCAUUGAUGAGAAGUCCCAACCUCUUGGAUGCUACCAGGUCCCUGUUGCUUUGCCCUCCCUUACUGGUAGCACUAAUGCUGCAGGAAGGCUCUUGCGUUUAAAGCCCCUGCUUCCUAAACCUUCCUCUGCUGCUAUGAAGGAGCUUCCACCACUAGCAUCUAUUGCUCAGAUAAUUUCCUCUGUUUCUGGUGCCCCUGACCUUCUUAAACGGGACAACACUAAUAGUCUUCAGGCUGAUUCUGAUACUCAUGUCAAGCAAGAAUCACCAGAUAUUUUGACAGAAGAGUUCUCACUAGAGAGCUCAAAGAAGAGGUCCAGGAAAAGGCCUUCCAACCGCACAUCAAAAGAGAAACCUGUGAUGAAUGCCACAGACCCAAGUAUUGAUUUGGAGUCUAGUGGGGAGUUUGCUAGUGUUGAGAGGAUGUUGGCAACCACUGAUGCCAACAAGUUCAGCGCCUAUCUUCAGACCAACACAAUUGAGUUGGCAAGAAAAGGCGGGCGGCAGCCAGGUGCUAGUAACGAGAAAGAGGUGAAAGAUGAGAAACACUUGCUAGCCCAGCAGACUGUUCAACCCCAACAGUCCAAAGGAAAGAAGAAUGCAUACUCAAAUUCUGUGCAAAAGAUGACUUGCCCCUUUUGUCCCAGAGUUUUCCCUUGGGCCAGCUCGCUUCAGCGCCACAUGUUAACACACACAGGUCAGAAGCCAUAUCCUUGUCUCCAGUGUGAUGCCUUCUUCUCAACCAAGUCCAACUGUGAGCGACAUCUUUUACGCAAGCAUGGCAUUUCCAACAGAGUGCUUAGAUGCAAUGGUGCAAUACCCAACCCUAAAGAAGCAGAGGAAGGCUCAGCAGAGAGUGCAGAGAGUACAUCUGAGACUGAGCUUCUUGUGAGUGAGGCAAUGGAUCUCACAAGAUCAGACUCUGAGAAGCCUGUAGCAUCUGAUGCUGAGAAACCUUCACCAGCUAAGCCGACAGAGGCAGCCGUGGUAGAGCCUCUUCCUCACAAAGAAGAGGAGGACCCAGCAGCCUUCGAGUCUUUGAAGCACAAUGACCCAGAAAAAGAGGAUGGCGAUUCCCAUAGCAAUAAGACCCUUGACUUGACCUUUGUUUCCAAGUCUAAGGACUUCAAGAUCCCUGAGAAAGACCAACCACAGUCCUCUCCUGCAGCAGAUGGUGACAUGUCUGACAAAGCAACACCUCAGGAGGAGUCCAAAUUGACCUGCAAAAGUUGCAAGAAGAGCUUCCGCUAUGCUGCUACCUUGACCAGACAUGAGAAAGUUCACCAGCUGGAUGUAGCAUCAGACUCAACAAAUGGACCUGAACAAUGCCUCAUGAAAUCAGACGAUCCGAUUGUGCCUUGUGAAAAUAAGAAAGAGGUUACAGAGGAAGAGGUGGAGAGUGUAAGGAAGGGCACAGCAGAGAACGAGGGAAUGGGCAGUGUGGUGGAGAGUGGGUCUGAGGAGGAUAAAGAGGAGAGGAGUGAUGAAGAGGGAGCUGCAACUGAACCAAAGAGUACUGAGGGAGAGACUGAAGAACCUGGCAGCAAGCCGGACAAGAGGAAAAAGGUGUGCAGUAUAUGCAACAAACGUUUCUGGAGCCUUCAGGACCUCACCAGACACAUGCGCUCUCACACAGGUGAGAGGCCUUACAAGUGCCAGACAUGCGAGCGCACUUUCACCCUCAAGCACAGUUUGGUCCGACAUCAGCGAAUCCACCAGAAACUCCGUGGAGCGGAUAGUGAUGGAUCGACUUGCGGGGUCACAGGUGGUCCAGAGGAGGACGGCUUCAGCGGGCGUUCGGCUAGUGAAAGCGAGUGCACACCCACUAGCACCAAUCCACCCUCUGAGAACGAAAGCGAAUUAAUGGACACUGUGAAGGGGGAGCCAACCUCACUGGAGAAAGAGGAGGAUUGUGUACCCUCUGUACCAGUUGUGUUUAAACUAACCUCCAAGACAGGACCUGUAUCAGCAACAGAGACACCCAAAGAACCGCCAGUACAGAAACAAGCAUCGGAUUCACUCACCGUAUCCGACUUAGAGCCGUCGGAGGGAUUCAUCCAAGGUUUACUGGAGAUCCACACCAAGCCCACUACUGAGCACAUUUUGCCCACCCCUGAGCCGCCACUGCUUGGCGUGGAUUGAAGAGCGACUCUUUCCUAGUUUCUUAUCUUGUGGUGAAACGUGCUGCAACAAGAAGCAGUGCCAUAUAACAAAAGUACAUUGCAAUGAGAAAAAAGAAGCAAUGACUGUUUCCAAGUGCCUUUCUACUUUUUUGCUAUAUCUUUAUCAGCAUUUAUCAUGAUCUAAAGUUGAUUUUUAUAGUAUUUUACAAUGAUCAUUAUGAUUUUUUUUGUGUUAUCCUGAGAGAACUACUUUAAGCAAUAUAUGAACAAAUUUGCAUAUCGUAUUGAAGAGUUCAGCGACAGUGCAAUCUGUCUUAUGAAAAGCAAGUCCCUUGAUUACCAAGAGGACAUGUUUUUAAUAAGAGGCUUGCACCCAAGUGCAUAACUGGAAUACGCAAAGACGACUUCUGCACCAUAGGGUUUCUUCGUUGCUGUUUGUCCUCUUUAACUUGCCAGUAGUUUCCCCUUUUGUGUAAUUCCUUUAAUGACGGAGGCUUCCAGAGUAAUUGUUUUAUCACAGAGAUCUGUUGUUCUGGGUGCUGUGUCGACUAAAGAUGGUUUGGGGAAACAGCCAAACAAAACAUCCGAAGGUCAUCCUCGGAAAGAUGCUCAGCAGCUGUUGCGUAAAGUAUAUGGGCAAUGUUUGCUCAAGACAGGUGAUGAAUGUCCAGCUGUGCUGAUUGUGUCAAUGUCUUUAGUUAGCAUUAACGUUCUGGCACAAAAAGAUGGUUUUUAAUGAGGGAAGGCAAUGUUUUUAACUUAAGGGCUCUUGAAUUACUGUCCCUCAAGCCCUGUCUCCGCUACUUAAGAACACAAAAAUAAAAAAAGCAAACACAAUAAGGAAUAACAGGAAGCCCAUGAAUCUGAUGUACUUGAUGAAAUGUGUAACUGUGUCCAGUGUUACCGUCUUCCAAAAACAUCGAUUUCUAAGCCUUACUCUUUCGUCUUGGCGUUAGGCAGGUGUCUCACUUUCUGCCGGGCUCACGAACUAGAAUUCAUGGUGUACUUGAACCCUGUCGCCCUGCUGCCUCCUGUCAGGAUGCGCUCCUCAACUAGGAGGACCCCAUGUCAAUCACACGCUCUUUUGUAGUGUUGGAUCUCUUUGACCUCUCAGUUUUAUGAACUCGUGUUGUAAAGAAACCUCAGACACAAACAAAGCAAACCUCAAAGGGCAUGAAGACUGUUUGAAAUUAUGUGGACUGGUAAGCAUCUUCGAAUAUAGGUCUCCUGAUUUCCUGAAGCAGCCGUCUACCAAACGGAUGCCUGUUGAUCAGCAAAGCAAAGAAAUGAAAAGGAAUAGUAGGGAAGGUGAAAGUUUGCGCCUGAUCGGAUAUCAGGUUGUGUGCGCCCCUAGUGGUGAAGAUCUAACAUCUCUGCUCCGGCACGAGACUUGUAGUAUUGGAUGAACUUGAAUGCAAUUGCAAUCGCUUUCUCGGGACUUCUGCUUCUCCCGAUGCCUUUUGCUGGGUUCAUGUGAGUGUGUUUUGUGUGCAGAAGUGAUUGGUUUCCUGGUAAGAAUGCUCACAGACUGUUUUUAAUGUAUUUAUUAUGACCCAGUGUGGGUGAAGAAGUAAAUGUGGAGAAGCCAUGUAUUAACACAAUUAUGCUGCAUAAAAAAUGAUUCAAAUUCAAUACUUAGCAUCCUAGCUUUGAUCUGGGU